GAGGAUGGUAGAAAGGAGGAGAAAGGGAAGAGAGUGUGAGAGAGGGAUCGGCGGCAGCCGACGCCGUUUGUGGCUUUCGGCCGAGUCUGCUCGGCUCUGCUCGCUCAGUCGCACUCGAACCGCGCAUCGGUCAGGGUCGCGCGCGCGUCACCCUCCGCUCCGCGCGACGAGCUACCCCUUUUCGUGUCGGCGUGUAUGCGUGUCGUUCUAUACUCUGUGGAUCUACUACCCGCACGAUACCACUAUGGAACAUGCGUUGUUUACCGACGACUCUUCCUGUUAAACACGCCCGGUGAAUAAACCAAUAAGUACGUCGGACUUUGCCUGAUUGAAAUUGGAAUUCUCUUGAGCUCGAAGAAAGAAAGAUAAAUCCGUGUUCCGCGACUCCGAUUGAAUGUUUCAAAGACAUCUUUAUUGAUAAAUCUAAAGUUAUUCAACGGAAUGACAGUGUGAGAUGUCGAAGUGUCACUCGAGUGUCGUCGGUGAUACUUGAGAACAAUUUUUUCUACUCAACUUUCUACGUGUAUUUGGUUUUACCAAGGAAAUCAGUGACACACCGUUAGAAACUUCUCACCCUUUUAAUACUCGUCGGAGAUACCCGUUGCCCUGGACCAACUAUUCUUUUCCAAACAACUUUGGAUUGCCUGGGCAAGCCCUUCGUCAAGGAUAAUGUCGCAAUAAAACUGAAUAGGUUGAAACGCGUUAGCUGUUAGCUGCUAUCGGCGGAAAAUCAGCAGUUCGCGGUUACAAGUAUGCCAGGGACAUGCUCGAUGACCGAACCGAUUCAGGAUCGGCAAUAGUUAGUGAUGAGGAACGUCUCGUUGGUGGUGCGUCCAGGUCGAUGACCCAGGUCGUCGGUGACAUGUCGAUGUUUGCUAUAGUUUUGGAUUUAGCUUCGCUUCGAAGACUACUCAUUGCCGUCUUUAUCCUGUCAUCGUUACCGUGCUACCGAUGCUUGGAUCUAGGACAAUGCACCAACGCUCUGGGCAUGGAGAGCGGUGAAAUCCCCAAUGAAGACAUCACGGCCAGCUCCAUGUAUGACCCUAGUCUUGGGCCGAAGCAUGCGAGAUUACGACAGGACAAAGGAGGCGGUGCGUGGUGUCCAAAGAACAUGGUAACGAAAGAAGGCAAGGAGUAUCUCGAGGUGAACCUUCAUAGUCCUCGCGUGCUUAUGUCAGUCAGGACUCAAGGUAGAUUCGGAAAUGGUCACGGCGUUGAAUACACAGAGGAAUACUUCGUCGAGUAUUGGCGUCCGGGGUUCAACAAGUGGGUGCGAUGGAGAAAUCGACGUGGCACUGAGCUCCUGGCGGGUAACAACAAUCCAUACACCGAAAAAGAACAAAUCUUCGAUCCCGCCAUCGUAGCGACGAAAAUCCGUUUCAUACCCUAUACCUCUCAUAUGCGCAUGGUGUGCAUGCGCGUGGAGCUUUAUGGUUGCCCAUGGAUCGAGGGUCUGGUCUCGUAUUCCAUGCCCCAAGGAAUAAAGAGGGGUUCGGAGGUUGACCUUUCCGACAGAACAUACGACGGCAGCGAGGAAGGAGGUUACCUCUCCGGGGGACUUGGUCAACUUGUCGACGGCCAGAAAGGUCCUGACAACUUCAGAUUGGACAUCAGUGGGAACGGGAAAGGAUAUGAAUGGGUCGGAUGGAAGAAUGACACGCCAAAUAUGUUGGGCAAACCCGUCGAGAUAACGUUCGAGUUCGAUUACUCAAGAAACUUCACUGCCAUACAUCUUCACAUGAACAAUUAUUUCACCAAGGACGUGCAGGUAUUCUCCUACGCGAAGGUUUAUCUCGGCGUCGGUGGAAACCAGUUUAACGGGGAACCUGUCCAUUUCUCUUACAUACCAGACCUGGUGUUGGAGCAAGCCCGCGAGGUUACUAUAAAGCUUCACUCGCGUGCCGCUCGCUUUCUCAAACUUCAACUAUAUUUCGCGGCACGGUGGAUCAUGCUCAGCGAGGUAAUCUUCGAAUCAGUUCUUUCGGAAUGGAACAACACUGACGACGAGGAAGCCAAGAACAAAAGUUCCAUUGUACUGGCGACUGGCAGCCCCUAUCAGAAUAACGAGGGUCCGUUGCAAAGGGACGAAGUGAAGGCCACUUUUAAUAAGGAGGAAAACAACGAUAACGCCUUUCCAGAUAAGAAACAAGAGCCUGAGACAAAACAGUUUGUCGGUUUGGUCAUUGGAAUCUUAACAACGGUGAUCAUAAUGCUACUGGCGGCCAUCAUGUUUAUAUUCUAUCGGAAUCGUAGACUCAAAGCUGCUCUUGCACCGUCAACAUUUUACGAUCAACAAGCCGAUCUCAAGGUUUCAGUACAGGAAGAGAGCGAGGACAAGGGACCAAUUUGCCCCCCUUUACCGGCCCAAUACCAUCCCUCUGCCUACAACACGACGACACAGCUUCACGAGACUAUCGGCAAUUACACAGGUGUUACCGAGGUGCAACCAGUCGUUCCACUCUUACUGAAUACACCGAUCGAGCAGCUCGCCAGGCCAAUCCCAACGGUUCAAGAAUAUCCAGCCAAUAAUCCUCCACCUAUACCACCCCCACCGGAAAAGUAUUAUGCCAGUACAGAGAUCUGUAAGAGUCCUUUACCACCUUUACCACCAUCCCCAACACCAAGCACACCGGCAGCUAUGAGUGCGAAAGCGUCGAGUAGCCUGACGAGUUACAGUGCUGAGGACACACUUACCGAGGAAGAGGAUGAAACGGCAGAGUGCAUCCUGGACUUCCCACGGGAGAAGCUCAACAUCGUCGAGAAUCUCGGAUGUGGAUACUUCGGUGACGUACAUCUUUGCGAGGUCGACAGGUUUCCCGGAUACGAUGACGUCUUCAGGAACACCGACAGCGACCUAGUCGUCGUUAAAUCUUUGAAGCCAGGAUCGUCAAACGCUCUUAGGAUAGAAUUUCAACAGGAGGCAAAGAGGCUGGCACGUCUCAACGAUCGGAACGUUGGCCGACUACUUGGUGCCAGUCUUGAGAACGAUCCCAUGUGUAUCGUAUUGGAAAAUGGCGCGUAUGGGGAUUUGAAUCAGUAUCUCCAGAGUCACAUAGCCGAAACUUCGACCGUGCACACUGCCAAAACACUAAGUUUCGGCACGUUGGUUUACAUGGCCACACAAAUAGCAUCUGGCAUGAAGUACUUGGAGGAAAUGGACUUCGUGCAUCGGGACCUAGCCACAAGGAAUUGUCUGGUAUGUCAAAAUUAUACCAUCAAGAUAUCCGAUUUAGGUUCCGGAAGAAGCGCAUACGCGGCCGAUUAUUUUCGAAUCGAAGGUCGGCCGCCAUUACCCAUAAGAUGGAUGGCUUGGGAAUCCAUGUUGAUGGGAAGGCACACGUCGAAGAGCGACGUCUGGGCGUUCGCCGUCACGCUCUGGGAAAUUUUAACCUUUGCCAGGGAGCAACCCUUUGAAGAACUUCCAGAUCAUCGGGUGGUCGAGAACGCAACGUAUUUUUACCAAGAGGACGAGAGACGAAUGAUACUUCCACUGCCGAAGAACUGUCCUAAGGAGAUCUACGAGCUGAUGCGUGAAUGUUGGCAACGUAACGACGUAGAUCGGCCAAACUUCCGUGAGAUACAUCUAUUCCUACAAAGAAAAAAUCUUGGUUACAAGCCGAACACAUCCAACGACACUUGAUAUCGAGAAUUGGAAGGCUGGAACCUGAUCCGGCUUUCUAUGAUUGGUGAGCUCAACGGAAAUUGGUGGAACUGUCCCUCAUCGACCAACUUAGAACAAAUCGGUCCGAGUUAGUAGCCGAAUUAGAAAGAGAGAAAAGAGAGAGAGAAAGAGAGAGAGAGAGAGAGAGAGAAAGAGAGAGAGAACGAUUGGUGAAGGAUACUUUAGGUUUAACGAGCCGUGAAUUGGCCCUUCCGGUAACGGCCUUCUAAUUGCAAAAACUUGUAGGCUUUCACGGUCUAAGGGCUAAUCGAGGGGAAACAAAAAACAAAAACAACAAAAAUAAAGCAGGUGACGGAAAAAACGUAACGUAAUUACUUUCAGCGUUCUCUAUUGAAUUAUUGCCAAUUGGAAGUCCCAAAUUCGCGAUAUAUACGGGCUAAGCGAAAGGUUGAGAAGGGAUGAGAUGAAAGAACAAAGUCUCAAGUGAAAAAGUAAAAGACGAAAGAAUGUCAAGCGAACAGCUUCGUUCUUUUGCUUUUUUUUUCAUUUCUUUUCUUUUCUUUUCUUUUCUUUUCUUUUCUUUUCUUUUCUUUUCUUUCUUCCUCUUUUUUUUUUUUUGCUUAUCUCUCCCCUUUCCAGCAACACGGUUCUUAUGAAACUGAAUCGAGAAGAUGAACUCCCACAUAGCAAGAAAGAAGUUUUGCAUUUACCAAAUUGCUACCGACGUCAUUGCUCUGACGCAAUAUGUCAAAAAUUUGGAUUGAUCUUUUGGAUCAAAGGUAUCGUGCCGUUACCGAAUGCUUCUUUAAGGAACACGAGCUUUCGUGCGUGUAAUUUCCUUUUGUUUCUUUCCCUUUCUCCUUUUCAUUCUCUUUUAUUCCGUUAUAUUUCGUUCCUCACAUCGCUUAGUCGCACAUAAAAUUUGUAAAUUACUUCUCAUUGACUUAUCGUCUAACCCGAGGAAAGAAAAAUCAAAUAUGUACCAAAAUGUAGGCGUAACGUUCCUGAGUAUGGCACUUCGAACUGCAUUUUAUUUAUUCUAUUUUCCUGAUACGGCACAAUAUAUACCUACAUAUAUCAUAUGUAUCAUUUAUCAUAGGGAAACUUCAGAUUUCGAGAAAUAUAAUAUAUAGCAUGGAAUAACAGUAAGCAGAGUCGUAUACGCAUACUAUAUGUAUACAUACAUACAUUGUGUUAUACGUAUACAUAGAGAAUACAUAUACGUAUGUAAGUAUAUCUCUCGGAUAAGAUGGAUGGAUAACGAUUCUGAUCCAUAGUGUAUUCCCCAUACAAAAUGAAAUCGGCGGUUACCAGGUGCAAACGAUAGGUGGAUACACUCGCGUAUGUAUACACCGUCCCGAAAUUGAUACUGUCAGCAAAUAAGCUUACGACGACUGCCACCAACGCGAUUCUCGUGUCACGUUCGGAAUAUACGCGAAUCGGUCUACGAAAUCAGCAUAGGUUAGCUAUAUCUAUAAGGAUACAUAAGGAUUUUCCCACGAAACGAGUUAUCAACUACGAGUUGAUAGACAAUACUUUCAAGUUUGAAUAAUAAGUAUAAUAUAUAGGUAUAUCCUUCUAACGCGUCAGAUCAUUAGGAUCAUAUACUUUUCAUCAUCUUUUUCACCACAGUCCAUGCUGGAACACACUGAACCAUAAACUCGGCUUUUGUACUAGGUAUAUAUCACUUGUUAGAGAGAAAGACAAAAAAAGGAAAAGAAAGAAAAAAAGGAAUAAAACAAACAGACGAAGAAACAUUAUUCGAUUCGUACGAACGGGCACACGCAUACGUAUGUAUCAUUGUUAGUAUGUAUCAUUUUAAAAAACAUCAAAAAACAUCAAUGAAUCUUACAGUACUUAAUUUAAAAAACAAAGAAAAAUUGUAAAAAUUUUGAUUUCCAUUUGAUAGUUAUGACGAGCCAAUUAUCUUUUUUUAUUUUCUUAUUUUUUUUCUCUUCUUUUUUUUUUUUCUUUUUUGCUAAAAUAAUUGGCACAAGACAAAGAUUGCUGUCGCAAUUCAAAACGAAGGUAAAAAGAAUUUUUAUACAUUUUUUCGUGAGAAUCAAAGGCAAUUUAUUCUUUUCCUGGCUUUUACUUGAGCCUACGAUGAUUUGUGUUCCGCUAAACCGCUCGAAUGAACGGUAUCUACUUUUUUGACAGAGCUAAAAAACAAGCUGACAGAGAAAAGCCAAGAGUGUUCUGUCUCUUUUUCUCUUUCUCUCUCUCUCUUUCUCUGUCUCUCUCAUUCUCUCUCUCUCUCUCUUUCUCUCUCUCUCUUUCUGUCUCUCUCUCUCUAUGUUUCUCUAUGUGUAGGCUUGAAAUAACACAGAAUUAUUCCUUUUCUGACAACGGAAAAAGUCAAUCAACGGUGACAUUCAACGACGAGUGAGAACUGUGAACGCGGAAAACACUCUAUCCCGUGAGAUUUAUUGCAAAAACGAACUAUGUUCUCUAUUCGUUCGUCGUCGAAUACAUACCGUAUGAUUUUUCGAAUUGUCCGUUUCUUCUCGUUCUCGAAUAGCAAUAGAAAAACGCUUAUCACUCACUUCUCGAUUUUUUAUAUAUUUUUUAUUUUAUUUUUCUUUUUUUUUAUCUUUGCUUCAUUUUAUUUUUUUUUAUUCUCUUUUAUUCUUUCUUUCUUGCUUUUUCAUAACAAAGAUAAAUCUAUCUAAAAUUUUUUUUCAUACCACGCAUAUCGAGGAACAUAUCAUGUAGGAUGAUCCUUGCUAAGCACGUUGAGCAUGUUAAACAAUGAAUAACAUUGUCUAUUCCUUCUUUUUUGAUUUAAUAUAUAUAUACGUAUAUAUAUAUAUAUAUAUAUAUAUAUAUAUAUAUAUAUAUAUAUGUAGAUAGGUAUACAUACAUUCAUUCGAUACUAUCGCAAAGUACAUGAUUAAAAUCGAUAAAAAAAAGAUAAUAUAAUUUAUGAAAGACGGAUCAAAAGUUUCUAAGCUAAUUUAGAAAAUCAAUUACACUUUUCGAAGACUUUUUAAAACUAAUUUUCUUUUUCCUUUUUCUCUUUUUUUUUUUUAGGAUUGUAAAAAAGUUCCUAGGCUUAUAGUAUUACAAUCUGAAGAGAAGAAAAAAAAAAAAGAUAAAAGAAAAGAAGAAAGCAAGAAUUAGCCUAAAACGUCUUGAAAAAAAGAAUAAUUGAUUUUUAAAAUCACUUAAGAACUUUUUUGGCCUAUCUAGGAACUUUCAUCCUGCUUAGGAACUUUCGAUCUAUCCUUGUAGAUCUCAAGAUAACAUAUCAGCAAGAUCUGAUAAAUACCUACAUGACAUAAUUUUGACAAGAUCGAACGACCCGUUACGUUAGAUGGGAAACGAGUGAUCAGCAAUCUUUUUCGGGUUUUUCAUUUUUCUUUUUUUUUUCUUUUAACUUAUUUAAUUUUUUGUCUUACCUUUUCUUGUUAGUUCUUUCGGGUUGCGUCACGUCUUUCUUAAGAAAGAAACAUCGUAGUUAUAACAGAUAGAAAAGGGACAUUACAAUGAGCUUCGCUCUCAAAGAGAGUAACCCUUUUCGUCGAGAACGGAGAAGCACUUGUCGAGUAUGAUUCCUAAAGAGCUUUCCGAUGUACAAAAGAUAAUCCAUUAAGGACAUCCAAAUCUUUUGCAAAAGAAAUUUAACAAAUGGAAUAUAUAAGUAGUUGAUAUAAGAAAAAGAGAUGGAAAUGUAUGAUGGAGAUAAUGGAUAAGUAAAAAGUAAUGAUGAUAACGAUGAUGACGAUGAUGAUGAUGAUGAUUAUGAUGAUGAUGAUUAUGAUGACGAUGAUUAUAUCGAUUAUGAUGAUGAUGAUGAUGAUGAUGAUAUGAUAAUGAUUAUUAUUAUGACGAUGAUAACGACGAACUAUUAAAUAAACUUAGGGUGCGCUUAGCCGAAGUGCAUAAAUGUUUGACAAUACUAUUAGAGGUUGCAGUAUAUAAAAAAAAAGAAAUUCGUAGGUUAUAGAGCGUAAAGAAGUGUUAAAGGAUUUUAAUCUAUUAGAUAAAACACACACUUGUUAGCGACGUCCUUUCCAAGAGAACUAAUUAUUAUUAUUCGCAAAAGCUGAAAGAUAAAAAAAUAAUAAAUAAAAGGAAAAAAAAUCGAAGCGUAUAUUGUUUUAUUGUUUGUAUUUUGCUGGUUUACUUUUUUCUCGGUUCCUUUUUUUCUUUUUCUUCGACUUAUCCAAACUGAAAUAAAAAUAUUAAAAUAAAAAUUAAAGGGAGAUUUAUUUAAGAAAAGAAAAAAAGAAGAAAUGGAUUAAUCUCUUAAAUGGCAGUCUUUUUAGCUGAUUAUUAUAUUUACACAAUAUUAUUAUUGUCAUCAUUAUUAUUAUUAUUAUUAUUAUUAUUAUUAUUAUUAUUAUUAUUAUUAUUAUUAUUAUUAUUAUUAUUAUUAUCGUUGCGAAUAAUAAUGAACGAAUCGAGGAGGGAAGGGAUCAGAAAACGAUGACUGGGCGGACGUGAGGGACCUGAAUUUUUAGUUUAUAUAGUUCUAUGCGUGGCAAAUUUAUUGGGACAAAUACUUUUCCACUUAGUAAAAGGCAAUCUCUGUGUUAAUAUAUAAAUACUUAAAUAUUUCCUCAUUUAUCAUAUCGUGUGAAAUAUAUUUCAUUCGAAUGUCAAUAUUCCGAUACAAAAUUAAAUAAAAUGAAAAGGAGAAGGAAAAGAAAAAGAAAAAGAAAGGAAAAAUAUCAUUCAUCACUGAGAUACGUCAAUGAUAAGCCAAAGAUGUUCUAAUUAUGCAAAUGGUAGAAAAGUAUUUGCCGGAAUAAAUGAAUGACUGUGUUACCUAAUUCCAAAAAAGACUAUAGUCCUGUUCACGAAAAAAAAUCUAUGGAGAAAGAGAGUUGAGAUAUGUUAUAACAUACACAAUACGUAUGUAUGUUCUGUAUGUGUUCUGUGUGUGCACGUGUGUGUAUCUUUGUGUGUGUCUGUGUGUGUGUGUGUGCAUGUAUGUGUGUGCGUUCCUGUAUGAGUAUAUGUCAGUGGAGCCUAGCGAGAGGAUGGACAUAAACCCGUUAGACGUGUAUAAUUAUAAUAUAAUAAUAUAAUAUAAUAAACAUUCAGUAUAUAGAUUAAGCCCGAGAACAUGUCGUGAAAUUUUAAAGUCCCAUAAAAAUUCAUUAGUCGAAUGAUGAUAGACGUUGAUCAUUUGAUAUAUAUACAUAUAUAUAUAUAUAUAUAUAUAUAUAUAUAUAUACAUAUAUAUCAUGACUACCCCUCCUCUCCCUUUGGCUCCUUAUGAUAAUGCUUUGGCUAUGACUGCGAGCUUUUUUUGUCCAAACUAAGGAUAAACAGAAAAAAAUUGUAUCGAACUAUAUCGAAGUAUAUAACAUUAUUAUUAUUAUUAUUAUUAUCAUUAUUAUUAUUAUUAUUAACAUUAUUAUCAUUAUUAUAAUUAUUAUUACAAUUAUAUAUAUAAUAUAUAUAUAUUAUAAUUAUUACAAUUAUAUACAGGUAUAUAUAUAUUAUAUAUGUGUAUAGUGUUUUAUAUAUAUAUAUAUACAUAUAUAUAAUGUUAAUGAUCUCGAUAACUAUUAACACGUAAGUAAUUUAAAAACAGCUAGAUAUUAAGUGUUAUCAUAUACUGCUCUAUAAUUGUUGAGAAAGGGAAGAAAAUUUGGAGGAAUCGAUAAGAUUAAAAAAAAAAAAAACCAAAAAAAUAGACCAAAAAAAUACAAAAAGUAAUAAAAAAAAAGAAAAAAAACAACAAAAAAGAACAGAAAAAAAAACCAGAGAGGUAAACUUAGCGAUGCGUUUGAAAAAUACGAUAUCGUGAGGACGUUAUACGCACAGAUAUUUCUUCCUAAUUACAAACAAUUCAAUGUGUUUUCUCAUUGAAUUCGAUACUUACGUGUGUAUAUAAUAUUACAUAUGUAUGUAUGUAUAUGUGUAUGUGUGUACGUAUGUAUGUAUGUAUGCAUGUAUGCAUGUGUCUGUGUGUACGCGUUCGCAGAAAUUCCAUAUUUAAUAAUCACGAGCAACCCAUUUGGUAACGUUGAUAAGGUUUAGCAUGUACGCUUAAUUAUAGAAAACGAAAUGGAGAGAUCCUCCAUUAUUAUCCAGGUAAACUUUUUUGAAAUUUGAAUUUAAGGAAAAAAAUUGAUUGGUUGUGCAUGCACAAUUUUAAAAAUGUGAACAUACGUGAACAUUCCCAGAAAUAAGACGUAAGCGUAAUGCCAACGCUCUCUUCCUAUUUUCUAUCUUUAUCUCUCUCUCUCUCUCUCUCUCUCUCUCUCUCUCUCUUUCUUUCUGUAUCUAUCUUUCUCUCUCUCUCUCUUUCUCUGUUUCUCCCGUAGAGAAAGACUUUAUACGAUUUGUAAUAAACGAAAUAACGCUCGCUAUAUUCGCGAGAUUUCAUACGAACUAUAAUUUGAUCAGGUAUGUAGCUUUAUACAGUUAUACGCUUGCGUUCUACGAGGAAAAUAUAUAUUUAAUGUAUCUACGUAAAUAUAUUUUCCGCAACGACUGGACGUGUUACAUAUAAAAUCGCUAAACGAUGUAACGUAACUAAUCACAAUUUCAUCGGAUUGUUUGAAAUAGGGUUUCGAACGAUCAGCUAUCCUUCUUUUGCUUUUUCAUUUCUAUUUUUAUUUCUAUUUAUUUUUGUUUGUGUCUUUUUGUAUUCUUUUUUUUUGUCUUUCCUUUUGAAUUUCCACAUAACGAAACAAACGCGAAAAAUGGGAUUCCCUUGAUCCAAUUGUGCGUCCUCGUUUUUAUUUUUACAUUUUUACGAAAAGUAAUUGUUGACAUUAUAAGAGAAUUUAAACGCGGAGACGAAUUUCAAAUCGAAAAAGCAAGUGACUAAAAGUACUUACAUAUGUGUGUAAAGCCAGUUGGAAAUGAUAAUUUUUCAUUUUCGAAUUCCAUUGCAUUUGAUAUAAAACGAAAUUUAAUAUUCGUCGUCUGGUACCUACGACGAACACGCUUUGUUUUUCUAGAUACAAGAGACGCACGACAAUACUUUUGUCCGACCGAACUUCGAACUUUCGUGCAUUGAAAUCAUCGAAAGCUCACGUGCACGUGUAGUACGCUCUUUUAAAAAAUACGCGAAUGGAGGUCGAUGCGGGCGCAAUGAGGCGAGAACUCGUUUUUGAAGAUAGUGGAACGCCGGUGGAAUUUUUUUAUUCGGCCAUCUCUCAUCGAAAAUAUGCGAAAUCGUGCGACGAACGGUGAAAUUCACAUUCGUUCGGUCGUAUAUACCCGUUAAUCAAUUUAUUACGAUCUUUUUAUCCCCUUUUUUCACUUUUUCUUUCUUCCCUUUUUCUUUUUAUAGUUUUUUUCCCCUUUUUAAUUUUCACGUUCCUCUUCUCCGUCUACGUUUUUUUUUUAACAUAAAACUCAAAUUUUUCGCAUAUCAGGUUGUAUAAUAAUUAUUAAUUAUAACGAGAAAGAGAAAAUUCGUGCCACGGUGCUGCGCGAAGAAUUCCAUUGUAAAUAUAUUAGAGAGAAGUAACGAUUCUGUGAGUAGGGGAGGGCCGGGGGAGGGAAGAAAAAAGAAUAAAAAAAAAAAAAAGAACGAAAGAAAACAACGACAACGUUAAUAUUCUUAUUCGUUGUAAAUUUCGUAUUUUGAGUCGAUCUUACGUUUUUUUUUUUUUUAAAUGAUCAAACAAGUAAAAUCUCUGCAUUUAUCUCGUGCGUGAAAUGUGAACGUACGAAAAAAAAGAAAAAAAAGAAAGAGCUUUCGCGCGGCUGGGCAGUUCGCAUGCAUGUUCGCAUUACGAGAAGUUUAGAAUGUGAUGCCGAAAGCAAAAUUUGUAUUUUUAGUUCGGUAAGGGGAUCCCUGUACUACUAUACUAAAGAGGAAGAAAACACGUGUUACAGAAGACACGUGUGCAAUCUCUACGUGCAAAUAUGAACGGCGAGAUGGGUUGUAAAUAUAAGCCGGACGCGUUACGGAAGAACCACAAGGGUUAACCCUGUGUUGUCUAUUGUUAUCAUAUCGGCUGCAUAUCGAUUAUUGUAUGCGAUAAACAGAAGAACCUCGUGUAAAUGUCACGCUAUCGUGUAUUUAAUACGUUUGUACAUAGCGAUUCGUUUUCAAUAAAUACUCAACGCUUUGACUUUUGUCGAGCAA